AUGGCAGAUGACAAAGUACCACCACCCCGCCAAAUCCUCCCGCGACUCCGAGUUACAUCGCACUCGUUUGCCGAUGUGUCGAACGGAAGUAUUGCGAAUGUCACCCAACGCACGGUGUCUUCAUCAUCUAUGAUGAGUACACCCAGCAACAACAUACGAAGGGUUCAGCAACGAAAUGGGUUCCGCCAGCGCACUGGCAAUCCUGAAUUACGUCCUCGAGACAUUCCCGCAGGCGGGAACGCAACUCGUAAGAUUCUCAAUCUUCAGCAGCUGAGGAAGACAUAUCUGAAUCCCAAGCCGUUUGUGCUACGUAAACCUAUCAACAUGACCAAGUAUGACUACUCGGUUUUCAGUGAACAUCCCAUGGGACUGUCUCUAGAAGAAGAUGAAUUGCCACCUCCUAUUAAGGAAUCGCAGAUCCGUGCCUGGGAAUCGGCGGAGAAGAUCAGUGCUAACAUUAUCUUCGAGAACACGCAAUCCUCUUCUUCGGGGACCUUUGGCAUUUUUGAGGAUGUCAACAAGGAAAUGGAUACAAGCUUAGACGAAGAGUUACAUGCUGAGGCAGAAACGAGCAUCAAUCGAGGGAAUUCAUCCCCAUCUUCGCGUGCCAGAGAAGAAACGCUCCAAUCGGUCCCAGGCUAUACAAAAGGAGAGCUUAAGGUUCUUCUCGAGAAUUUUGACAUCUUAAAGAACAGUAGCAUAGAAGUUAGUCCGGUCGAAUACGAGGAUACCUUGGCCAAUGCCUUGUGGGUAUACCGACAAAGGGAGAGUGGGUCGCAGGAGCGUGAGUUCAUUGCCAACCACUCCAUCUCUGGCAAACGCAAAGUUCAAGUGUAUCAUAAGAAGGAGUUCCUACGCAAACUCUUUGGCUACUCCAACAAUGUGAAUCUCGAUUUCAUCACAAACAAUUCUUCAUACUCUGCCUUUGACAAUAUUGCGAAUGUCCAAAAGGCGUUCCACGAAGACAAAGAUGAGAUGCUUGGCCUCCUAGAAGAAGAUAAGUUGUUUGAAGAGAUGAUAACUGCAACCAGAGCUAGAUUCCGUGCUAAGGCAGCCAUUGAAGACUCCGCGAGUGGCACCGAGUUGGACACCUCACAUCUACUAGAUUUGACGCAGUCAUGGCUCACAUCUAACUACGAUAAGGAGAACGAGGAUAUUUCCUGCUCGAGGGAAUCAGUAAUGGAAGACGAUGAGGGAGACCAGGAAAUGGUGACGUUCACCAUAGCACAUCUAAAACGUUGUGUUAAGAAAGCCGUUGAAGAAGUGAGUUGA